UGUAGCUGUAAAAAUUCGCUGCGUAGACGUUAUAAAUAUUUUGCUAGAACAUGAAGCUAUACUCAGUAUAGGUGAUGAAAACAUAAACACGCCGUUGCACUUGGCAGUAAUUGACAAUAACGAACACAUAGUCAAGAUGUUAGUAGCAAAGAAAUCGGGCAUAGAUCUCAAAAACAAAAUGGGGAAUGCUCCAAUACAUACAGUCGUUCUUCAUGGUUUCCUGAACAUAGCUGUGAUUCUCAGUAAAAAUAACGCAAAUCUCAAUUUACAGGACAAAAAUCUUAAUACACCACUGCAUUUGGGGGUGAUGAAGAAUGACAGCGAUAUAGUUCAGUUUCUUCUAGAAAAGAAAGUAGAUACUGAGAUUUCCAAUAGCAACAAAGAUGUUCCACUUAUUGUUGCAACCUGGCAUGGCUACACAGAUAUUGUUUCCAUUUUGAUAGACGCUGGCGCUAACAGGAAUGUGAGGAACCGGGAUGGAAACACACCGCUUCAUUUGGCUGUCAACAAAAAUAAUUCAGAAAUGGUCCAACUGCUUAUAGCGAAACAAGUGGAUUUGGAAAUUCGAAAUAACAUCCAAGAUACUCCAAUAAUUUGGGCAGUCUGGCUCGGUUUCCAAGAAGUUGCUCGCUUACUUAUCGAUGGUGGAGCAAAUAAGAACGUGGGAAACAGAGGGAAUAAUACCCCUCUGCAUUUGGCGGUUGAUAAAAAUGACAUCGAAAUGGUUAAGCUACUCCUUGAGAAGAAAGUAGACAUUGAGAUCACCAACAACAAUAAAGAUGUUCCGCUUAUUGUUGCAACCUCGCGUGGACACUUGGGCAUGGUUUCUCUUUUAAUAGAAGCUGGUGCUAAUAGAAACGUGAAGAACAAAGAUGGGAACACACCGCUUCAUUUGGCUGUCAAC